AUGGCGCUGGCGGAGGCGCUGCUGCUGCUGCUGGCGGCGUCCCUGGCAACCAGCGACGUCACUUACCGGACCUGCGACUGCUUCUCCCGCGACAACCGAGUCAACGUGGACCGCCGGCUGUGCGCUGUCGACGAGGAAAAUAAGGCGCUAUCUACCUGCACAGAUGAGUCGGUUCCGCGCUUGCCACGUACGUACGUCUAUGUCGCGCCACAAGGACUUUUCGCCGUCUAUCGAUUUCACCGGAGGUACCAUCAUGCAAGGAUUUACUGCGCGCAGGAAGGAGGCCGACUAGCAGUGCCAGAGAGUAUGAAUGUAUACAAAAAGCUGCAGAAGCUGAUAAAAGAUGAGAUAGAUAAGCUUGCUUAUAUAGGUGUGCAAGACAUGGAGACUGAGGGAACGUGGUUAGACAUUGAUGGUAACAAACCGCCGCUCUUGCCUUGGAGGAAGGGCGAGCCCAACAACUAUGACGACGAGGACUGCGGUGUGAUCCAUCCCGAUGGCGGGCUUCUGGACGACAGAGCCUGCUGGAUGUCUCGGCCCUUCGUGUGCGAGCGCCGCUUGCAGAAGCCGAUACCGUCCGGGUACACGUGGAGCAGGCAGGCCCAAAAGUUCUACAAGAUCCUCAGUCAGGAGAAAACGUUCCUGGAAGCGAGGAGAGUCUGCGAACAAGACGGCGGCGCCCUGCUGUCGAUCGAUACGAACAUCGAGGCGCUUUAUGUGUUACGGUUGUUCCCCGCCACUCGGUUCGACCCCUGGGUGGACCUCAACGACGACGCGGCCGAAGGCCUUUUCGUGGACAGCAGAGGGCAUCCCCUGGAGUCCAAGGAGUUUCAUUUCUGGAGGCUUGGAGAACCGGAUAACGGUGCCGGGCACGGGCCACACAACUGCGUCAUCCUGGUUGGCUUCGGCUAUUACGUGGACGUCUCGUGCGAAGACACACACCCCGUCGUGUGUGAACUCACUCCGUACUAGCGGCUGCGCUGUCUCUUCCCAGCACACGACGGCCGUGUCGUCUUUUUAAUCCUCGGCGGUAGUGGAGUAGGGCACAGCAAAACUGAAAGUGCCUCUUGCUGUGGAUAUUUGAAUAGUGCAGAAAUAAUAGCUGCUGCCUUGAGUGCCCCAAAUUAAUUACAGUUAAAAAUAAUUGAAUGUGCGCUUUCAACUCUUGUUGAUUGAUGUAAACCUCGAUUUUGGGCAUCGGUCUAAAA